UUUUGGCAAUUGUCGGGGACACCUCACCAACAUAAAUAGAAGAGAAGAUCCUGACAGUUGUUCGAGUUGGAAUUGUCUUUUUGACAAGAACAAGGACAGACUUUCAGAGAAAGGGCGAUAGCUGAAAGCUUUUAUCUAAUCUCUCAAAAGCCCCUGGUGAAAAAUGGCUUCAGAUCCAAAGAUGCACACUUUCGAAGAGGUCUCAAAGCACAACAAAACCGAAGACUGUUGGCUGAUUAUUUCUGGGAAGGUGUAUGAUGUAACUCCAUUCAUGGACGAUCACCCAGGGGGCGAUGAAGUUUUGCUGUCAGCAACCGGGAAGGAUGCCACUAAUGAUUUCGAAGACGUGGGGCACAGUGAUUCUGCAAGAGACAUGAUGGAAAAAUACUACAUAGGCGAUAUUGAUUCAAAAACUGUUCCAGCUAAGCGCGUCUUCAUUCCACCACAGCAAACCCCAUACAAUCCUGAUAAGACCCCAGAGUUUAUCAUUAAGAUCCUACAGUUUCUGGUACCCCUCUUGAUCCUGGGCUUGGCUAUUGCAGUACGUAACUUCACUAAGAAAGAGUAGCUUAUUACUACACAGUUUCUUACCCGUUUUGAGGUGUGAAUUGGUGGUUUCAUCAGUUAGUUGAGAAGAACAGUCAUAUCAUUUGUUUCAUUUCCCUUUAACGUUUGUGUGUCUUAAAUCCGAUUAGUGGUUCAUAAUAUGGUCCAUUGUAGAAGACAAUACCAUAUUGAGAAGAACCCAUUUAUGUCAGCCGGGAGACAAGAAGAUGCUAAAUUUUCUUGGAAUUUAUGAGCAGGACGAUGUGUUUUUAAACCUUAUGUACACCUAGUUUUUGUUCUUCAGCUCGAAAUCAAUGACUUUAUAUCUCC